AUGUAUUCGCUUACUGCAAUUCAUCUACUCUCGCUGCUUUUACUGUGCGAUUCACAAAUGAUGGGUCCUCCAGGAACUAUGUUGUUUGACGCAAUUGGACCAUGUGAAAAUAAUCCGGGAGGGGAUGUAGAAUUUGAUUUAAACCUCCAAAGUACUGACUCUAAAGGGGGAAAGAUAUUAUCAAUGAAUGUCAGUACGAAAGUUCCGCUUGAUGAUACUGUAACUUAUCUUGCCAAUGUUCUAAAAUGGGAAGAUAAUGGCUGGAAAUAUGCAAAUAAACGCUCCGGAAAUCUUUGCCCCGACCUCAUGAGGUUCGCGUCCAAAAUAUGGAAGUUGUUGCAAGAGCACUCUGUUCCAAAAAUACCUGAUGAAUGUUCCCUCGAACCUGGCGAUUAUAGGGUAGAGAACGUUACAGCGGCGACAUCAGAUUUAGAUAUACCUGUAACGUAUUAUGGAAAGACCAGAUUGGAUGUAUCAAUUUAUCAAGGUAGCACACUAUUGGCAUGCGUCGUUUUUGACGGAGUUUCACAGAAACCUGCAAGACCGUUUUAAACUUGUUUUUAUAAUAUUACAUAAUUUAAUGUAAAUUGCAGCCAAUCACUGUAGGGUUUUAACUCUAUUUUCAGGAAAAUGUGCUGCAGACUUAAAUUUAGCGUUAUGAUGAAGGAAUAACGAUUUCCGAAAGCUUGAUGAGACUUUUCCAAAUGGUUUUAUUCUUUCUUGGACACCUUUGUAUCCGCAACAUUUGUUUGUUUAUUUGUUUAACGGAAAUACCAUUUUUACAAAAAAUAUAAAACAUAAUAUCAUAUAGCAAAAUGUAAUAACAAAACGCAGCAUCAAAAUUGUUGAAAAGCUUAACAAU